AUGAUCCGUUGGAAAGUAUUACUUGAUGGAUAUCAAUACGAAUUAGUGUAUGUUCCAGGUAAAAACCAAGCCAAUAGCGAUGCACUAAGUCGUUUGCCUUUGCCUGUUAAACCGGAUUAUAUACCGCCUUGUGGUGAUGUAGUGAAUCUUCUUGAAGCAGUCGAUUCUACCCUUGUUAAAGUUGAUGCAAUUCAGUCUUGGACGAGAAGAGAUCCUGUACUGUCCGCAGUUAUGCAUCAUACUCAAAUGGGCUGGCCAAAAUCUUCUGACAUAGACCCAGAAUUACAAAUUUAUAGAAGCAAAGAGACGGAACUAAGUGUCCAUGAAAAUUGUUUAUUUUGGGGUUGUCGAGUAAUUAUUCCGCCACAAGGAAGACAGAAAGUGUUGCAAUUACUUCACGAUGGUCAUCCUGGUAUUUGUUCUAUGAAAAGAAUUGCUCGUAAUCAUGUAUGGUGGCCUGGGGUUGAUGCUGAUAUUGAAGAGUUGGUGAAAUCUUGCAGUUUGUGUCAACAGUUACGUCCCAGUGCACCUCAAGUUCCUGCUAGCCCAUGGUCUUAUCCUAAUGGUCCAUGGCAAAGAAUACAUAUGGACUAUGCCGGUCCAGUUGAUGGGAAAAUGCUUCUUGUUAUUGUUGAUGCGUUUAGCAAAUGGCCAGAUGUGUGGAUUACAUCGUCAGUUUCUGCUCAUGAAACUAUUGAAAAAGUCAGACUUUCAUUUGCUACACAUGGAUUACCACUAGUUGUAGUCACUGACAACGCUGGUUGUUUUGCAGGAGACGAAUUUGCAACAUUUCUAAAGGCAAAUGGAGUGAAGCACUUGUUUUCACCACCGAGACAUCCGGCUUCUAAUGGCCAAGCUGAAUCAAUGGUAAAACAAGUUAAACUUGGAUUGAAGAAACAAGCACCAGCAUCUUUGUCAGUCAGACUUGUUCGGUGGUUAUUUAAAUACCGAACUACACCACAUACAACGACUGGUCAGACUCCGUCGGAAUUACUUUUUCGUCGUAAGAUUAGAACGCAUCUUGAUCUAAUCGCACCUUCAUCACGUUUGAAGAAGUCAGCAGAGAAUGUUCCAAGUGGAAUAAUAAGAACUUUUCACAUUGAUGACCCAGUUUUUAUUACAGAAGUCGUUGGAUCUCGUUUCAAAUGGUUACCUGCCACAGUAACUGAAGUUAUGGGUCAAAUGUGUCGUGUUCGUUUGAACGAUGGAAGAAUUUUUAGACGUCAUCUUGAUCAUAUUCGACAUCGAUUUUCUGCUGAUGAUGUAAUGGUACGUGAAGGGAAUCAAGAUUUUAGAAUGAGUGAGAGAAUACCAGCUGCAAUUCCAACAGGAAUACCUGAUGUUGAUGUGGGAGAUAGAAAUUCAACUCCUACCUCUACUGCUACUGAAGAGACUGAUGAAUCUCAAAAUGACAGAGACAAUGUAGACCCAGUUCCUAAUUUUCCAGAAUCGUCCAGUAAUUCAAACAUACCUUAUAAAACAAGAUCUGGCAGAAUAUCAAAACCGCCAGAAAAACUAUCUCUAUAA